UCAAACUAGCCAAAAAGAGUCUCUUUCAAUUUGGAUAAUGGAAGUUACUUAUUCAGAAUUGAACACCUUUUCCAACGGGAAAACUAAUGACCUCAGAGAUGAUGGUGUGCCAAUGAAGACAUCACCAGAUGAUGAUGAACUUGACCCUGAUGGAGUGUUGGAGUGUGAGGAAUUUUUGGCCAGUGGCGAUGGAAAGAAACCUAUCCAAUUUACAGAUUUUGAAGGAAAGACCUCUUUUGGCAUGUCUGUCUUCAACCUGGGUAAUGCUAUUAUGGGGAGUGGAAUCCUGGGAUUGGCAUAUGCCAUGGCCAACACUGGCAUACUCCUCUUUGUGUUUCUUCUGACUACAGUAGCAAGCAUGUCAUCUUUUUCCAUUCAUCUAAUGCUCAAAUCCUCUGGCAUUGUGGGAAUUCGUGCUUAUGAGCAGCUGGGGUACAGGGCCUUUGGCACCCCAGGAAAAAUGGCUGCUGCUAUAGCAAUCGCCCUGCAGAAUAUUGGAGCUAUGUCCAGCUACCUGUUCAUUGUGAAAUCUGAGUUCCCUCUCGUCAUCCAAGCUUUCAUGAAGGCGAAUCACGACUCUGAUCUGUGGUACUUGGAUGGAAACUACCUGGUCCUCAUGGUCUCUGCCUGUAUCAUCCUGCCCCUGGCUUUAAUGAAGCACCUUGGUUACCUUGGCUCCACCAGUGGUUUUUCGCUUAGUUGCAUGGUGUUCUUUCUCAUCGCUGUUAUCUAUAAGAAGUUUCAGAUUCCCUGCCCCUUUGAGGAUUUCUCAGUCAACAGCACCUCUGCGCUCCACAGCCUGAACAUCUCAAGCCACAGCCUUGAGCACAACAGUGCCCUAGUUCACGAGGACGAAGAUUCCUACUGUGAUGCCCGUUUGUUCACCAUCAACUCAAAGACAGUAUACACCAUCCCCAUCAUGGCUUUUGCCUUUUCUUGCCACCCUGAGGUCCUGCCUAUCUACACUGAGCUCAGAAAUCCAACAAAGAAGAGGAUGCAGCAGGUGUCCAACAUCUCCAUCUUGGUCAUGUACACUAUGUACCUUCUGGCAGCUCUCUUUGGCUACCUGACCUUUUACGGCAAGGUGGAGCCUGAACUGCUGCACACUUAUAACCGGAUUGAUCCUUAUGACACAUUGAUCUUGUGUGUGCGAGUGGCUACCCUUAUCGCUGUCACACUGACUGUCCCUAUUUUGUUGUUCCCUGUGCGUAGAGCCAUCCAGCAUAUCUUAUUCCCCACCAAGUCCUUCAGCUGGUUGCGUCACAUUGCCAUUGCUCUGGUUCUGCUCACUCUCAUGAACAUGAUGGUGAUAUUUGCUCCCAACAUUCUGGGCAUCUUUGGCAUCAUUGGUGCGACCUCGUCUCCCUGCCUCAUUUUCAUCUUCCCUGCGGUCUUCUACCUCCGCAUUGUUCCAAAAGAGGACGAACCCCUGAGCUCUGUUCCCAAGAUACUGGCUAUCUGUUUUGCUGUCGUGGGCAUCUCCUUCAUGAUAAUGAGUCUGAGCUUCAUAAUAAUUGACUGGACAACGGGGAGCAGCAACGCUGGUGGAGGCCACUAGAUCCUGUAUCAGUAUGUGUAGGCUUAGGAAAGUGAGGAAAACAAACGUGUCAAUGUAAAUGUAGCACUGUCAGAGCCUGUGGUUUGAUAACAGUACAGAAUAUAAGUGUCGAGGGCUGGAAUCACACUUGUACU